UUCACCUCGCCCCCGGCUCAACCCCAACCCGCCCGCCCGCGCAAGCGGCGCUGCAGCUAAACCCUAAGCCUCCCCGGCAGCGCAGCUCGCCGCGGGUGCUCCGUGAUGUGCCGGUGCGCGGCGGUGGUGGCGUUCCUCGACGCCGUCCUCGUGGGCUGCCUCCUCUCCUGCUUCCGCCCGCGCCGCCGCCGCGGCUCCGGCUCCGGCCGCCGCGAUGCGCUCGUGCACAGGGAUCGGGCCGUGGAGGUGCUCUGGGAUGACGAGCGAGGAUUAGGAAGGAGUGGGAAAUCGCAUGAGGACUUGACUGAUGGUGGCGACAUUGAUGAGGAGGCGCUUAGGCAAGAGGAAAAUUACCUCAAGUUAUGUGGCACUAUAUCUGAAACCCCAGCUGAACUUCAGAAUGUGUGUGAUAACAUGCCAACCAAUGCACCAGCAACCAAACUUGCAUCACUAUUUGAAGCUAAUUCAUCUGAAGGGUGUGAGGAGCAUCAUGCACCAUCUGAACUGGACAUUGAAGAUACUCAGCAUCUUCUAGGAGUUGAAUCAGUUGAUCAUUCAGCUUUCUUGGAAAAGAGCCCGUUUCAGAACAUCCAACACAAGCUGCAUGAUUGCACUGGUUCACCCUUUGUGACUCCUUUAGUUCUCAGGGAUGAUAUGCAGACCCCUGGAACAGUCUAUACUUCACAUAGAGGGGCUUCUAUGUCUGGAAAGCGUGUGCAGACACGGAAACAAUUCAUCUACCCUGUCCUGAGACCCAUCGAGAACAGAGUUAAGCAGAUGGAACUGGCAGAAGAUUCUUCACCAUUGCUGUCAUCCAAUCCUCCAAAAAAGAGAAACUUGGAAGAAGAUCAUGUCAUGAAGCCCAAGCAAACAUCUUCAAAUUCAGUGGCUAAAUCAGGAUUGUCCAAAACUCCACCAAUUUCACGCCAAGUAAAAGAAGCACUCUCUCCUGAGGAGUUAUUGGAUGGUGGAGAACUAUCAAAAACCAAGUCAGAUGAAAGAAAUGCUGCAUUGAGCCUGUCUCACUGGGUGAAAUCUUCCUCCAAAGAUGUUGAGAAUCAAGGUGAUGUUAAGGUUGUCGCAGGGGAUCAAUCAUAUGAUGAGUGCAGCUUUCCAGCCGAGAGACCUGUCUUCAUGGCUUCUGAUUUUAACUGGGAUAUCGAGAAUCCUACUCCUAAGUUACACAAGACAUUCAAUGGCAACGGUAUUCCCAACACCACCACCAGAUACAAAGAGGAUCGAAGGGUUAGUUGGCACACCACACCCUUCGAGGAAAGGCUACUGAAGGUGUUAUCGGAUGAGAAGCAUUGCGCUCCAAGGAAAGUUUUUCGUGGAAAGUUGUUCCAUCAAGAGGAGAAAGCCGAAUAGGAGUGGUGGUGAGAUUCCAGCCCAGCUAUUCAUGAACCUGUCGGCGAUAUCUGACGCUAACAUCUAAAGCUGGUGUCCCGAGCUUUAUUUGUUCUCCUUUUCUGUGGGAUAUCUUCCUGUGUAUAAAUGGUAUAGGAUAUAAUAUAGUCUAUGGCUGCUAUGGACAUCAAUUGCUGCUGAACGAUACCUGAAUCUGAUAUAACGUUUCUUAGUUGCCCCUUUCUUGAACCCUUGGUGAUGCAGCACAGCUGACUGAGGCUCUACAGAAUCGUGUUGACUGCUCGCAGUCACCAAAAUCCUUAGCGCACCGAUUGCCUCCGGCACUAUGUCAUUGCCAAGUCACUGUAUACCAAGUUUAGACUCUGGACAUGUUCUUUUCUUACUCUUCCUAGUUACUUAUCAUUUUAUCAA